AUUACAAACUUUUUAAAAUUUUUCCGUAACUUAGUUUAUGAAACCUUUCACUAUUUCUCCUUAAAUUCUUCAUCCAGGAAGUUUUGGCAAAACAAAAUAAAAAUUGAUUGGGACUGUCUAUCAAUUCUCAAUAAACUCACAAAUGCACAAUAAAAUUCUUUGUGACGGUUCAUUGACUAAUUCCUUGUUUAAUUAUCCGUUUCUCCAUGAAAUAUAAACUUCUUCAAGUUUUUCAGACCCCUGUCGAACUUCCAUUUAGAGUCCUGGUGAAGUUUUCAAUAUUUUCCAAAUUGCCAAUUCCAGGAUUUAAAGGGUACCGUCUGUAAAGGGUAUCGGCAAAGUUUUCAGCUUUCUUAACACUAAUUCUUGACAAGGUAAUUUAAAUAUUUUAAUCAGUCAUGCCAUCAGACACAUCAUUAUUCUAAUUCCUAUUAAGGCGCUUUACCGCCAUCGUACUUUAGUGUCGAUCUUGGAAGAACACUAAUUUUAACUGCAGUUCUAAGCUAAAAACGUUCGGACUUCAAACUAUAAAUCUUGUCUAUGCAAAGGUAAACAAAAAUCAACAAAAACUGUUUCAUUAAAAGUACAGGAGGUAAGUUCUCAAGGAAACUGUGGUGCUGUGUCAGUGGGGGAGUAACAAGAUAAUUCGGUGUGAUACACUGAGUUGAUAAUGUAAAUUGGCCACUGUAAAGAGUUUCUACAGCUAAAGUUUCGAGCGUUAGCCCUUCGUUAGCCAUUCGCUCAUUAAAAGUGAGUUAUUCACAGUCUAUGUUAGUAAAUACUCCUUUUGAUGAAGGAGCAAUGAGUUGACAGUGUUUUAAAACUGAGUCACGUUCACAAUCUCAUUUCUGUGUCACAGAAACCUUAUUUUCGUAUAAUUACCCUGAAAAUGGACACCGGUUAGGGGUGGCCAAAAUGUGAUCACUUGCGGUGUGACAAUGCAAGUGUCCCUCAGACAGCUCACAUCAUUUAGGAAUCCACUUUCCAUAGUUUUCUGAUGAAAUCUAAUAACAGAACACCGAAACUUAUUUUGACAGUUCAGACAUUAAGACUAUUUCAAGUUCAAGGACGGCCGGGACUUGAAAAGCAUUUUAAGCAUAUUAUGCAUGUUAAAUUAAAAACCAUGUUAAGUAAACAAAAAUUACAAUAUCAUUGAACCAGAGCAAGAACACUCCCUUAAGUCUCCUUCCAGCGUUAUUUGGUCUAGCUACGCAACGCGAGCGUGUUGCUCUCCUGCAUAUGUAAAGGAUUUGUUCUCUCACAAGGACCAAAUAUUCGUCGACGAGAACUGAGUUGAGAUAAACUUUAAGCUAGAAGCUUUGAAGUACAGCAUCGAAAGGUGGCACGAAAAUUUAAAGUCAUGCAGUUCCCUUUGGUGAUUUCGCUCCCCUUUUUCCUCAUCGCAUUUCCAACAAUGGAUUCUAAGCCUGCUAAGUUCCGUCCUUCCAAUGGCAAACUUAGUGCCGGCAUGGAUUUCAACACUGUGGAAGACCAAGAUAAGUUCAGUCUUCCCCCGGGCACACACAGUGCUGGCAUCAACUUCAACUCUGUGGAAGACCGAGAUAAGUUUAUUGCUCCCCCGCCCCCGCAGGGAAAACGCAGAGCUGGCAUCAACUUCAACUCUGUGGAAGACCGAGAUAAGUUUAUUGUUCCCCCGCCCCCGCAGGGAAAACGCAGUGCUGGCAUCAACUUCAGCUCUGUGGAAGACCAAGAUAAGUUUAUUCCUCCCCCAGGCAAACGCAGUGCCGGCAUUGACUUCAACACUGUGGAAGACCAAGAUAAGUUCUUUCCUCCCAUAGGCAAACGCAAUGCUGACAUCAACUUCAACACCAUGGAAGAUUAAGAUGAGUUUCAGUCCUCGGUGACAGUCCGCAAACGAAAGUAGGAUGAUUUACAGAAGUUUCAAAGAAAAUUUGCGAAUGAUAAUCGCAUCAUCUUAAUGUAGAAGGAUAGCAUAUCUUGUACGCAAAGUCAUGUUUUUAAGAUAGUUUUUGUUUCUGGUGAACGCUAAAAGAAACACAAAAAUUUGCAUAUCUAAUUAGGUGAGAACCGAGGAUAGGCCGAAAUUACAAACUUUUUAAAAUUUUUCCCGUAAUUGAGUUGAUGGAAUCUUUAACUAUUUUCCCUUAAAUUUCUUCAUCCUAGAGAGUUUCGCAAAAACAAAUAAAAAUCGAUUGCUUGGGACUGACUAUCAUUUCUCAAUAUUCUCACAAAUGCUCUAUUGAAUUCUUUGUGACGGUU